AUGGUAAUCCCGCGCAUUAAAGAAGUAUGGCCGUCUGGCAAGCGUGUGGUGCUAGAGCACGACAAUGCGAAACCGCACGUCGCGGUGGAUGACCCCGAAGUGGUCGCCGCAUGUAGCCUUGGGAACUGGAACAUGAAGAUCUGCCCACAAUCUGCAAAUUCACCAGACUUUAAUGCCAACGACCUGGGAUUUUUCAAUUCGCUGCAGUCACUGCAGUACAAGAAGCGAGCAAAGACUAUUGAAGACCUUGUAAACAACGUUGACAGCGCAUUCAAGGAGCUCCACUAUACCAAACUUGACAGUGUAUUUCUAACGCUUCAGUCUGUGCUACAAGCAUCGAUGAGAGUUGACGGCUGCAACAAAUACAACAUUCCACACCUUUCCAAGGACAAGCUGAGAGCAGACACUGGUCUUUUGCUGCCGUCGCUAGCUUGUACUGAGGAGGUGUACAACAGACCAAAGUCCUUCUUAAGUUCGGUUCAGUUAAAAUAA